UUGAGAAGACAAAGAGAGUAAGAAAUAGAGAAAAGGUGAGUAAUUGGCAGGUAAGUGAAGACUGUGAGGAAUUGGUGAGAUGCACUGGAGAUAAAGGGGUAUAUCUGAUUGACAUUGAAAUAGAGGUGGAGAGAAUAGGAAAGAGGAGGAGUCACACUUAUUAUAUUAAAAGGAUCUGUUUGAGAGAAAUGUAAUACAGCACAUUCUGUUGUUAUGUAUGAUUUGAAUGCAAAGUUGAGGCCUGCAUUUUGGUAUUUCAUGAUAUGGCUGACAGAUCAUCAGCCUUGAAGAUUGGAAUUGUGGGAUAUGGACAUUUAGGUCAGUUUCUUGUCGAGAGGAUCCAAAAAGAGGGACCCGAGGUGGGGCUGCAGUUGGCAUUUGUUUGGAAUCGAAAUUCGGACAAACUGAAAGAUUCGGUGCCCAAAGAGCUCAUUCUAAGUAACCUCUCAGACUUCACACACAGGGACACUGAUGUAAUCGUGGAGGUGUGUCAUCCACAGAUAGUUAAAGAGUUUGGAAUCAGAUUUCUGUCACAUGCUCACUUCCUGGUUGGCAGCCCUUCUGCCCUAUCUGACCCCGAGCUUGAGCAGACACUCCGCACUGCUGCAAAGGAGCAUGGCAAAACACUUUACGUCGCCAGUGGUGCACUAUGGGGAGGCCAAGAUAUUCAACGAAUGAAUGACAAUGGAAAUUUGCGGCAUCCCUCUUGCUUCCGGCUGACUGGAGGUCUGCUCCCUGACUGGACAGAGGGAGAGGGGAGAUGGGUCUUGUACCACAGCUCAGUGGCAGAACUCUGCCCCACUGCUCCAAACAACGUGAACACCAUGGCAGCUGCGGCCAUAGCUGCUGCAACACUGGGUUUCUGUGGUGUCACCGGAGAAAUUGUUUCAGACACAGCACUGGCAGACUAUCAUAUUGUGGAGGUUGAGGUAACUCGUCCUGAUGGGUUCUCAGUCAAAACAUUGCGCCAGAACCCAGCCAAACUGGGAGUUGUUAGAGGAAAUGUUACAUACAAUUCCUUCUGGAGCAGUUUACUGGUCUGCAAGGGUCAUGGAGGGAGGGUGUAUUUGUGCUGAUGACAAUGGACUACUGCAGAAAGUGUAGCUACACAAACACACAGAAUAAUAUUAGCACAUGAAGAAUAAAACAUAUUUA